AUGGAGGAGAAGUCAAAACCCGUGGCUGAAGAACUUAUGGGCGAGAAGCCAAUUCCAGAAGAAGAAUUACCCUCAAAAUCCCAAGUAGAAUCUUCAGUCUCCGCAACCAAACCAGAAUCCCCCCCAAACGGUGAAGCAAACACGGAGACAAAUAUAACAGCCAGUGUCGCAAAUAGGAUCGGCUCACUCUCUUCACUUCUGUUCUUGGGUAGUUCGUUAUUCGCCAUCGGUUGCAUGGGAUGGUUCGCAUUCCUCUGGUGGGGAACUGUCGAUAAUUCACUAUGGCAUGCUAUUAUUAUACGUGACUGGGCUGUUCGAGCUAUUUCUUUGCCGUCGUCGGUGUUUAGAAUGGCUGUGACACUCCAGGCGAGUCAAUGCUUAUCUAUGCUUGCUGCGCUUGCGAUUGAGAAGUCGAUUGUUCCUCUUCCUAAUCUAGCAUCGAUUUCUAUGAUGCGCGCGACACCCCCCAGUUCGACAGAGACCCUUCUCAACUUCAUAUACCCCCUCAUAAGAAACACACCCGGAAUCCGCCAAUUAAGCACCCUAUCCAUCGUCUCCCUCACAUCUUUAAUCGUCCUAACUUCGUCUAUCCUCGGAUUCACUUCCACAAUCCUACUAUCAGACGUAGUCGUACAACCCAUACCUUCGGAGAGCAUGGAAGUCAAUGUCACGAUAGAUUACAAAUGGAACGAAAACGGCGCAGGUCCAGAUGAAAUCAUCUACGAAGCUAGAGAUUUUCGAUAUACCCCCGCACAAGCGAAUUCAUAUUGGAAGACCGGACCGGCGAAUUUCCCUGCCUUUGCGGAAUACUUCGUGGAAGCACCGGUUGUGCCGGGGAUUGUUGAUACGGGGACUACUCUUCGUUCUUUCAUCCCUUUUUCUAAUGCGGAUGAUCGUAGUAGGUUGAGACAUUAUAAAGGUAAAGCGGUGGUUUGGGAUGCCAGGGUUGUGUGUCAGAAACCACAGAUUUCGGGGUUUAGGGUAUAUACGGAUGACAGUGGUAAUGUAGAUUUGGCUAUUGGCGGUACUGUUAGAAAGACUGUUUCGUCUGAUAUGAUACAGAACGCACAACCAGAGGCAACGACUUUUUUCUGCGGCAUUAGCGAUCCGAUUUCGAUCUGCCAACUGCCAAAUUCAAAUAUUGGAAGCGUGGGAAUUCAUCUCGAGUACUAUGACUGGCCUCCUCUUGCAUAUGGCGGUGGCUUGAAGAGUGAAUUCAGUACUGCAGACCGGAAAACAAGAAACGGAGCGGCAUAUCUAAUUCUAAACCAAACUUUCGGCCAAAGCAGCUUCCUCGAUGAGAACCCCGAAUGGGCAGUAAUUGGAAACGCGGACGGUAAUCACGGAGUCGAAAUAACCAUCGUUGGGACACUUUGUUACACCCCCUUGGAUGUCGUCGACCGCGAUGUCGAGAUUUCAAGAGCUCAGACCCAACCCGAGACCGAAUUCGCCUCCUACCAAGUCCUCCCUGAGUAUGAAAGGGCUUUCGAUGGUCCAUUUGUUGGGAUUAAUUCUGUAAAGGGUACUUAUACCUUUGAAAAGGUACUACCGCUACUACUACCCAGCGAACCGAACAAAGGUCCUGAAUCUCGGGGCGUUUUCAAUUUACUACCCUCCGAGGCUGGUUGGGCCACUCCCGAGUCCGAAGCCGUGGGUUCCGAUGGACCUUGGCCAUCCCGUACCAAUCUAACCAGACCCGAUCAAUUACACUUCCUCGCCGAUGCUCUCCAUCUAAAAUACCGAAAACCAUUUGCUCUUCAAUUCGAAGAAGAAGGUAAUUACGAAAUAUAUGGGAACUUCUCCGUAUCCUUGAGCGAGGCCUUUUCACAAUUGGAGGUUGCUUACGGUAUUGGAUCCUAUAUCAUCGGUGGCAAGGAUUGGCAACAGGAUUUAUUCCGUGCUGUCAAAGACCAUCCUAAAGGAAACGUCGCGCUAGCUUUACAAUCAAUCCUGACAGUAAUAGCUAGUAACGCAUACUACAACAAUAUCCAAUUACUUCCUCGCCAGGAAACAGUAUCAGUGAUUAGUUUCCAAAACGUCUCGUCUCCUGGGGGUCCAUACGGUACUCGCCGCGGUGGAGAAUAUGCUCUAGAACAACAAGGUCUAUUCAGCAACCGUGUCAAAGGUCGUUUCCCAGUUGGUUAUUCUAUAGUCGCUUCUGUAUUAGGUUUCCAGAUUAUUUUGGCAGCUGUAAUUCUUGUUCGUUUCCUACGGGAGACUACCUUGACACGUAUUGGUGAUCCAUGGCAGGCUUUGGCACAGAUUGCUACUGAGGAGUUUGAGGGAUUGGAAACGAUUCUGGAGCUUAGUAAGAGAGUUGAUACGGAUAGAGAGGCUGUGACUAAGGAGAUGAAGAGCUUGGGGGUGGAUGAGACUCUGGUGGGAGUAGAGCAGCAUGAUCGGUCUGCUAAGUUGAUCCAUAGAGGGGGGAGAGGGGGUGCUGGGGCGGCUUGA